AGGAACCUGGUCCAUUGUACCAAUAUCACUAGAGGACACCCUAUAGCAGCGGGGGGGUGUGUUGGCGCGCUCAAAACUUCUUCUGUGGUGGUGGUAUCGAGUGUCGUUGUAGUGGCCCACAAUCUCCGCAAAUCUCCGCAAGUUAGGUCGACACCCAGUGUCUUGUACUGCUUGUGCUCGCCACCACUGAACCCAAUCUUCUGAACUGCAGGUUUACAGCAGUAGCUGAUGCCACCAGCUACUGCUGACAAUCCGCAGUUGAGGGGUUUGCGGUCCGUGGUGGUGAGCACCGCUGUGAUAAGUGUUGGGUUCCGCUUGGUUCCGGCGCAGAUUUCGGACCGUUUUCAGAGAGAGGCUGCUUCGAUAUUUCAGCCCCAGUAGUAUACCUGAACGUGCCAGCACGCACGACGCCUCUUGAUGAUAUGAUAUCCUCUACUGAUACGAGCACAACGGACCAGGUUCCUCCGGCGGGAAGGUUGUUUUCUCUCUUUGUACUACUGUUAUCAAGUAUGAGAAAAGAGCCAGCGUCAAAAUCCCUUGUCUGUGUACCCUUAAACGAACGCUAUUUUCAAAUGCACGUCCCUUGGCGCACAAUCCGCGGGGUCCUCUUUUUUUUUUUUUCAAACUUUCAGCUUUCCGUUGGCUUUCGUUUGAGCACCUCCGCUUGUCUAUUGGGUCAGGCACUCCCGAAAUACAGCACAGCCCUCACCCACACCCCUGAUGUGGGGCUUCUUUGCCCAUUUUGGGGUCCUGCUGCUAAGCAUGGGACGUACGAGAGUAGACCCAGAGUAGACCCAGAGCAGGCCCAGAAGACUGUAGAUGCGGUACGCAGCGGUCAGAUGUCGCUCCGCGUUGCUGCGAAGACCUACAGGUUACCGCUAGCCUCGCUGCACGACCGUGUGAAGAAGGAGGUGGCCAUAGAUGCGAGCGUUGGUCCCGGGACUGUCCUGAGCAAGGAGGAGGAAGGUUUCGUAGAAGAUGUCUUGAUCUACGCCUCCCGACACUUCUUGUUGUCGGGUCGGAGGGAGCUGAAAUAUGCUGUGCGCAACAUCUGCAGCGACGGACGCAAGGUGCCCUGGAACCCAGCCAAAGGCCCGGGGGACAGCUGGCUUGAGGGGNUGAAGAAGGAGGUGGCCAUAGAUGCGAGCGUUGGUCCCGGGACUGUCCUGAGCAAGGAGGAGGAAGGUUUCGUAGAAGAUGUCUUGAUCUACGCCUCCCGACACUUCUUGUUGUCGGGUCGGAGGGAGCUGAAAUAUGCUGUGCGCAACAUCUGCAGCGACGGACGCAAGGUGCCCUGGAACCCAGCCAAAGGCCCGGGGGACAGCUGGCUUGAGGGGUUCAUGGCGAGGCACCCGGGGUUGUCGGAGCGAGCCACCCACAUCUACGAAGCAAACCGGAUUAACGAAGACGACGAGCCUCGCCUUGAAGCUUUCUACAAGGCACGGGCGGAGUACCUGGCGGAGACCAAGCUCCCGCCGGAACGCAUCCUCAACACGGAUGAGACAAGUGAGUAA